GUUUUAGUUUCGUGGCAGUCGCUGCCGACGACGACGCCGCUGACGACCACGACUACGACCACGACCGCAAAUACGACGACGAAGACGACGACGACGAGGACGACUACGACGGCGACGACGAUCUUUAGAGCUCAGUUUUCAGCUGCACCCCGAUCUCGCAAACGCGACACGUGGCGAUUCGACUCGCAUCACUCUGGACUCGCGUCAUCCUUUCCCCGAUUAAAUUGACGCCGCGCACAGGAGAACGAGUGACUUUGCGGGUACUGCUGGUGCGUGUCCCGUCGAUUGCACCCGUGUGUGUAUGUGCGAGUGCGAUGUGCGAGGGUUGCACAGGGGGUUGAGGAUUUAUUUGUCUCUCGGAGCACCGCCGGUGCUCCGGUCCCCCCCUCGACGAGCUCGAAUCAGAUCGUGUAAGAAGCAUCGUGUAUUCGUGAUAUAAAAUAUAGAUCUUCAACUUGAAGAACUUUGAGAGUGCCUCUUUGGAUCUUAUCCUCGAUUUAUUCUGUUUUUGGACCUUUCACUCACGUUCCUACGGACGUAUAAUUCUCAAAGGAUUCGUCCAAUUAAUUGGUUAUCUUGCAAACGACAUCAGUCAACCGGGUCGUUAAAGAAGAAGAGCGCUCUGAGCAUAAGUAAUCGUCGUCGUCAUCAUCAUCGUCAUUAUCAUCGAUGAAGAGGUCGUGCAAGUGACCGCACGCGACAGUGGCACUUGAUCGUGUCUCCAAAUUAAACGAAGCGCCGUGCAAAAAGAAGGACCACCUAGCAAGAAUAACAUUGGCGGGCGAACGAGGGGAUCCGUGGCAAAAAGUGGCGUGCAAAAGGCACGCGCGAGACGCAGGAUCAAAGUCGAAAUUCUUCGAGAGAGGGUGGCGACAGAGGAGGUAAACGCUCGGGGGCAAAGCUAAGGCGGGCGAAGAGGACGACGACCAGAGGUCGAAAACCGGCGAAAGUUUCGACUGUGGAAGCUGGAGAAAGAGAGACGGAGAGGAAAAGAGAGAGAAAGAAGGCGCAGGGCCACGGGGGAGGCACAAAGAAAGUGAGAAAAACGUUGGCUGGUUUUGUUAAUCAAAGGGAUUUCAAGACGACGCGCACGGCUUAAUAACGAACGAGGAAAGGAAGCGGGACAUUCGUGAAAGGACUCGCUGGCGACUGUACUUUUCGCGAGGAGUCCCGGUUGAAUAGGACGACAAGGAGAACAAGGGGUCUCUUUUCGUUCUCGCAGAAGAACGGCGAAGAAGAAGUAACGAAUAUCUCGUGGAACCUCGUCGUUGUGAAUGUAAACGCGCCCGUGGUCGGAGAUCGAGGAUUCCGCUGAGGAAGGCGGACGAUAUUUUCCCGUGGCGAUUAAACAUUUACAAGUGGAACGUGGAACGUGGAAACGUGGAAAACACAGGGAGUGGAGACGUCGGUUUAAUUCCAAUUAUCGCGUUCGCGCGGGUACAGAAUAGCAAAAGCUGCGACGCUGAGAGUUCCCUCUCGCGAGGGAAAUCGCGAGGGAAAUCGCGAGGGAAUCGUUCCUCCAAGGAGGAAACGGAGUCGUUCUCGCGAGCGAUCACAGACCUCACGCGGAGGCUACGAACGUGGUGUGUGUAAAAUAACUGUUGUUAAUCGAGAAUAUCGAUAAUUGGUAACGAGUGCGCGCCCGAGAGACGACUUACUCACGAGCGCGACGUUACACGAGGAGCACCGAUCGGAUUGAGAAUGCCUCGUUCCUUCGGAUCGUUCAAGUGGUCGCGAUCCGUUAUCGAGAAAGUCGCGAAAUCGUCCUGGGAUUGGAGCCUGCGGCUACGCUGGAAGGACCGUCCUUGAAUUGCGUUAUCCGCGAAAAUCCGGGCCCGUCGAUUCUACGGCCGAGAUCGAAUGCUGCUCUCCGCGCAGGCAGAGCGGAUUCGACGUGUUGUGCGCGGCCAGCGCGAUACGUGAGCGUCGAUUCUCGAUACAGGACGGGUAUCGAGAUGCACUGCGCGUUGGGUUACGCGCUCCUCACGGGUCUGCUGAUGGUGUUGAGGACUCACCGGACGAGCGCAGCCGCGGAGGAGUUGUCGCCGGAAUUUCAGAACAAAGUGCCCGUAAGAUUGGUCUGGGCGGUUGAGGGUGAGAACGUGGAGCUGCCGUGUGACAUCACUCCGCCGACACCCUCGGAUUCGAUCAACAUGGUGCUCUGGUUCAAGGACGAAGUCGGUAUACCGCUCUACAGCUUGGACGCAAGAAACGGCAACUUGACCGGCGCCGUUCAUUGGGCGGUCAGCGAUGAUCUUGGAAAACGAACAUACUUUCAAAUCGGCGACGGCCACCGCGCAAAGUUGAAAGUCACCAAAGUGACGUUCAAGGAUCAGGGGAUGUUCAGGUGCAGGGUGGACUUUAUAAACUCACCGACGCGGAACUUUCGCGUGAACUUGACUCUAAUUGAGGAGCCAACUAGGCCUGUGAUAUACGACGCGCGAGGACGGGAGGUGACGGGAGUAGCCGGGCCUUUCCUGGAGGGUUAUGACCUCACUCUGACCUGUCAGGUGUCCGGAGGUAGACCUAAGCCCUCGGUAACGUGGUGGAAGGACGGCCAGUUGUUGGACGGCGUGGUCGAUACCGCAUCUAUCGGCUCGCCGAGUAGAUUUACAGUGAACCACCUGUUAAUCGACCGGGUCACCAGGUCACUGUGGGGAGCGAAACUCGAGUGUCGGGCACAGUCUGGACCGAUAGGGAAAACUAUCGUUCGCGAAGUGCCUCUCGACAUAUAUCUUAAACCGGCGACCGUGAAGAUAGUUCUGAGCGAGAGUCAAAUCUUCGCCGGUCGUCCGAUCAUCGCCAGAUGUGAAACCUGGGGCAGCUCCCCGGCGGCCAGGAUUGUCUGGAGGUUGGGUGAACAAGUGAUCGGCGAUCCCAACGUGUCCACCACGCAGAGGAGCAACACGACGAUGAGCAAGUUGGCAUUGGUCCUCAGCAAGGAAGACGACGAGAAGGAAUUGAUCUGUCGAGCCGAGAAUCCAAGAUUUCCCGGAGGGUCGCUCGAAGAGGUCAAAAUGCUUCGCGUCCUUUAUGCUCCCGUGGUCCUCGCCCAUUUGGCCACUGGCUACGUCUUGGACACAUUGAGAGAGGGCGACGAUCUCAUGUUAGUCUGCAACGUUCAAAGCAACCCGCCACCGACGCGAGUGAUCUGGUACCGCGACGACGAGCAACUACAGCACGACGUAAGCGCCGGGAUUCUGCUGGCCUCCAAAUCGUUGACCAUCCGGGAGCUCACGCUCGCGCACACCGGCGAGUACUCUUGCUCGGCUGUGAACAUCGUGGGGGAAAGCGACAGUCCGCCGCUUCUUAUCCAAAUAAAAUACGCGCCGCGAUGCAGAGAGGGUAACGAGUGGCUAGAGAUCACCGCGGCUCGCCACGAGACCGUGUCGCUGAGGUGCGAAGUGGAAGCGGCGCCGGACGACGACGUGAAGUUCUCGUGGACGUACAACGGCACCCGCGGCGAUGUUUUGCCCAUGCCAAAUUCGAGGGCCGAGAAUAAAGGGCUCGUGAGCGUGCUGGAGUACACACCCGGCGUCGACACCGAUUACGGCACGUUGGCCUGUUGGGCGAGCAACAGUAUCGGACGACAAAGGACACCAUGUAUAUUCAACAUAGUACCAGCUAAACCGCCGCAACCGCCGGUGGACUGUUCGUUGCGCAACGAGAGUAACUCGCUGGAGGUUAAUUGCGUCCCAGGAUCGGACGGCGGAUCGCCGCAACACUUUUUAUUGGAAGUUCGAGGAUCCCCGAGGAAUGCCGGCAUCGGCCAAAUUGGCCUCCACACCCUUCAAACGCCUCAGAGCGAUCAAGGCUUGGUGGGAGACUCGCCACCUAUCUAUCAGGACAUGAAUCCGAGAAGCCCGAACUUCCAGCUGCACGACCUCGAGCCGGGAUACGAUUAUACAGUGUAUAUUUACGCGGUAAACGGACGUGGCAGGAGCGAACCCGCCCUCCUAGAGCACAUCAGGGUCGUGGAGUCUAUAGGAGGCAAGGUAGAAAGAAGCGGGAUAUUCCUAGAGGAUCUGAAAAAGGCGCUGCCGCGAGCCAGCUCUGAGAAUAUGAUCAUCGCAAUUGCACUGACAGGCGUGGCUGCGUUGAUUCUCAUCGGCAUCGGAGUGGUCAUCGGCCUGGCGAUCUGUAGGAAACGAUCGGACGUGCCCGCUUUGGACGGCCCGGACGACUUUACCACGCCGACCUACGUACCGGGUCAUAGAAUCGAGCCGAGAAUUCGAUAUUCCAACGAGAACAGACGUUCGCAGCAAAGGGCGAGUCUCUACGUGGAGGAGAACCGGAACGGUAAACCGGAUCUACUUCAUCGAGUGGAGCUCGACUCGCAAGACUAACUCAAUUACGAUGUUGUACAGAGAACGCUAGGGAUAUAAUCGAAACACGUGGUGCAAUAUAACGUAGAAUUCCACACGCAAAGAUAACUCAGCCGCCGCCGCGAUAUUCGCAUAAAUCGGUGCGUUCCGUCUAGAGGUCAGCAUAUCGUGUUGUAAGAAAAAAAAAUGAAAGCGAUCUACGACGGAGUCUAAGAGUCCGCACCGAGGCUUUCGUGCGAGUCGAGGCGUCAUGAAACAUUCUAUUAGCUAUAUAUAUAUUCGCUUCAUACAAUAAACGCUUGACCACGCCGCGAAAAUUUGUACUUUUAGUUUGUAUAGAGUCUAGAGUUAACCGAUGUUGUUAUAUACAAAGUGUACAGUUAUUUUUUACAAUGUAGAGAGCUAAGCUAAGGAUCUCUUGUAUACUUCCAAGUAUUAGCAUAUUAAAUACGUCGACGUGAAAGGAAGAAAGGAUAAAAAACCGUGAUCUUGUGUACCUUUGUUGUGUAAUAGAGUCUGCUUCAAAAAAAAA